GUCAACCUGCCUUUUGCGGGAUGAGCUAAUGGUGUGCAAGUUGGAAAUAGUGACAGGAGCAACUUUUAGACAGAGUUCAGCGGGGCUUUGCUGACAUUCAGAGUGGGACUGACUUAAAACAAUAUUUCAAGCGCUGUGAAUAUUUUCGUUUGAAAGAAGGAGACAGUGAGCGGAGUCAGCCGCUCUGGCAUGUGUCAGAAAGAGUGCACUGACUGAAACCUGUAGAAAUCUUCUUUGGUUUUAGGUGCUGUUGUUGCUUUCAGGAUGAACAACGAAGAGCUGGUGGAGUAUUUCAGGGAUCAGAUGAGGAAAGACCCGGACAUGGCCUCUGCUGUUGCUGCUAUCCGCACUUUGCUUGAAUUCCUCAAGAGAGAUAAAGGUGAAACAAUCCUGGGCCUGAGGGAGAGCCUGACGUCAGCCACAGACUGCCUUACAGGAGUGGACUCCUCUGUGGCUGUCUCCUCGGGAGGGGAGCUCUUCUUGCGCUUCAUAAGCCUCACAUCUCUGGAGCACCAGGACCUGUCUCGCUGUAAGAAGGUGAUGGAGGAGAGAGGAGAACUAUUUUUAGAGAAGAUCUCCAUGUCAAGGACCAAGGUUGCCAAGCUCUGUCACACCUUUAUCAAAGAUGGCGCUAAAAUCCUGACUCACUCCUACUCCAGAGUUGUCCUCAGGGUGCUGGAAAAAGCUGCAGCUGAGAAGAAACGAUUCUCUGUCUAUGUGACUGAAUCACAGCCUGACGCAGCUGGGCAACACAUGGCAGAAGCCCUGAGGAAACUCAAUGUUCCAGUAACGGUGGUCCUGGACGCAGCUGUGGGAUACGUCUUGGAAAAAGUGGAUCUAGUCAUCGUUGGUGCUGAGGGAGUUGUGGAGAGUGGUGGGAUCAUCAAUAAGAUCGGCACUUAUCAGAUGGCUUUGUGCUCCAAAGCACACAACAAACCCUUCUACGUUGUGGCAGAGAGUUUCAAAUUCGUACGUCUGUACCCGCUCAACCAACAGGAUGUGCCAGAUAAAUUUAAGUACAAAGCAGACACCUUGAAGACUGCAAAGAACCUGUCAGAAGAACAUCCAAUUAUUGAUUACACACCUCCUUCCCUCAUCACCCUCCUCUUCACUGACCUGGGAGUCCUUACCCCAUCUGCAGUCAGCGAUGAACUCAUCAAACUUUAUUUAUAACUGCUUCACAAUUCUCCAAUAAAAACUACCAACAAAAACGAAAUGUGUGUCAGAGAUUUAAU